GGGAGCCGCGCCGCAGUCCCGUCGCUCGUGCUCGGGACGCUGGAGCCGGGCCCGGCGCUCAGAGUGCAACGGCACCCGCACUUUCCACACGAUACAAACCCAGUUCACGAAAGUAUGACACAGAGAAUUGGGUUGAAUUUACUUGAAUAAUGACGCAUGCGCGGUGAUGGGUACGGCCCAGUUUCCGGGCGGUUUGCACAGACAGAAUCUCUGAUAGCUUAAUUGGGUCAGUACACUGAGACAUGAGCGCGCAUAAAUAGGGCCCAGGAAGGGAGAGUGCUCAUAAAGACACACAGCUCUUUGGAACCUGUAGUGCAAGCAGUUGCACGCUGUUAGAAUGAAGGUAGCAGUAGAAGGUUGCUGCCAUGGUGAACUGGACAAAAUCUAUGACAGUAUUCAGUUUUUGGAGAAAAAGGACAAUGUUAAGGUGGACCUCUUGUUGUGCUGUGGAGAUUUUCAAGCAGUCAGGAAUGAGGCUGACAUGAAUUGCAUGGCUGUACCCACUAAAUACAGACAAAUGCAAAGUUUCUACAAAUACUAUUCUGGAGAAAAGAAAGCUCCUGUUCUCACCAUCUUCAUAGGAGGCAAUCAUGAAGCAUCUAAUCACCUCCAGGAGUUGCCAUAUGGAGGAUGGGUGGCACCAAACAUUUACUACCUAGGAUAUGCCGGUGUGGUGAAAUAUCGUGGUGUACGUAUAGGAGGACUUUCUGGUAUUUUUAAACCACAUGACUACAGAAAAGGUCAUUUUGAAUAUCCACCAUAUAAUCAGCAAACUGUGCGGAGUGCAUAUCAUGUUAGAAGUAUUGAUGUCUUCAAACUGAAACAGUUAAGACAACAUAUGGAUAUAUUCCUUUCACAUGACUGGCCACAAGGUAUCUAUCAUUACGGCAACAAAAAACAGCUUCUGAAAAGGAAGGCCUUUUUCCGCCCGGAGGUCGAAGCUAAUACAUUGGGAAGUCCUGCAGCUAUAGAGCUUCUGCAGCAUCUCAAGCCUUCCUAUUGGUUUGCAGCACACCUACAUGUGAAAUUUGCAGCUUUGAUGCAGCAUCCGAAGAGUGAUGAUGAGCAGCUACCAAAGGCAACAAAAUUUUUGGCUCUGGAUAAAUGCCUUCCUCACAGAGAUUUUCUACAGGUUGUGGAAAUACAACAUGACCCAAAUGCUUCUGAUCACCUGGAGUAUGAUUCUGAGUGGCUGGCCAUUCUAAAAGCAACCAAUGAUUUGAUUAACAUUACACCUAAAACAUGGAACAUGCCAGAAAAUAAUAGCCUGUACACAAAAUGGGACUACAGUGUGUCUGAAGAAGACAUAACAGAACUGUUGGAACAGCAAGGUCAUGAUCUCCAAAUCCCCAAUAAUUUUAGUCCUACAGUCCCCAUCUAUGAUCCAGCAAACCCACAGAGAUCGAGAGAACCUGUCCAUUUGAUUAACCCUCAGACAACUGAGUUCUGUGCCACCUUUGGUCUCAUUGAUCUGAAUGCCAAGGUGAAAUAUAUGGAAGACGAGGGCCUCAUAGAGGGAGAAGAAGAUGAUAUGGAUGGCGCUGAUAAUUCAGAGGAGCCCAGCGAUUAUAACACUGAUACUUCUGGACUUUCUUCCUCUAUUAAUCCAGAUGAAAUAACACUGGACGAUGAUGUUGAUGAUAAUGGGGAGCUGAGCACACAUUCCAUAGAACCUUCCCCCGAUCACCCGUUCACAGACUCAUCAGCAAACUUCUCUGAUGUGAGGGAUCUCCCUGAUUCUAUGAUUGUGUCAUCUGAUGAGACACAGGACUCUGCAAAUGAGGAACUGGACAGAUCAGGAGAUAGCAGCAUGACUGAGGGAGAAGGAAGGAGUACACGCACAAAGGCUGUGAAGCGAAUUAGUAACGAGCAUGAAAAUGGAAGCAGUGGAAUAAAAUUAAUUAAGAGGCGCAACCAGAGUAUAUACCACACAGAUCUUGACAGAGAUGAAGAUAAUGAGUAAAGAGAUAAGUUUAAGAUGGACAUCAGGAGCAGCAGCUUUUACACACAGAGUUUUUAAGAAUGACGUAGGAAUUAGAAUAUAAUCAGCAUAGGGUUUGUUUAAAAAAUGGACAUAGCUGGGCACACAAUGUAGGAAUACAAUUUAUUUUCAACAAUAAAAAUACAUUUAAUUCAUUCAUUGGUCUUUUAUUGGUUGAUCUACAUGUUAAUAGGUAGACAGUCUAAAUCUUAAGGACAUUGAUAUUUUUUUAAGGUGUUAUUCCAUGUGGAGAAUAUAGGUAAUCAUAGUUGCCAUCUAAUGCAAUAUUUCCAAAAGCUUAUACUUUUCAGAUGAGUUUUAGCCUGGAGUUAAGGUCAAGGUCAUGUUAAAACUUUUUUAUUAAGGUCAUAUACUAAGUCUUAACAAAAUAUUAGUGUUUAUAGAAACUGAAUUUUAGUUUAUUUUGUCUCGUGGUAAAUCUCUGUCAAUAAAUGACUGAUGUGCUUCCUCCAUUACUUACAAAAUGGUAAAUAUUCAAACAAAAAGAGCAUUUGUGAAAGUUUGCAAGAUUUGUUUCUUUCCACUUAAAUACAAAAUUGUUUAAUGUCUUCACUUCUUUCCUAAUACCUUUCAGUGAAUUUGUCAGUAGCAAGAAUAAGUUUGUGAACUCUUUGCAAUUUCCUGCAUUAAUUACUCAUAAAAUUUGGUCUGAUAGUCAUCUAAGUCACAAAAAUAGACAAACACAAUCUGCCUAAACAAAUAACACAUUGUACUUGUCAAUACUGAGUACACCAUUUAAAUAAUCACUGUCUAGGUUCAAAAAAGUAAGUGAACCUCUGCAGUAAUGUCUUCUACAAAAGCUAUGUAAAGUCAGGUGUUUGAAUCAAUGGGAUGAGAUUGGAGGUGUGAGUUGUAGAGGUGCUGUGCCCUUUUAAAAAAGACACACAAAGUCAGGUUACUGACAGGGCCUGCUCUACUCAAGAAAGAUCCAUUUAUGUGUGCCAUGCCUCAAUCAAAACAACUUUCAGAGAACCUUAGAAGAACUGUAAAGAUGCAUGAAGCUGGAAAAGGCUACAAAAUUACUUCUAAAGGCUUAAGUAUUCCUCAGUCCACAAUAAGAGGAAGUGUCUACAAAUGAAGCAAAUUCAGUACUGUUGCUCUUCUCCCUAGUAGUGGGUAUCCUGCAAAGAUCACAUCAACAGCACAAGGUACAAUUCUGAGGAGGUGAAAAAGAACCCAAGGGUAACAAGCAAGACCUGCAGAAAUCUCUAGAACUAUCUAAAGUCUCUUCAUGUGUCCACUAUAAGAAAAACACUGAACAAGAAUGGUGUUCAUGGAAGGACACCACGGAGGAAGCAACUGCUCUCCAAACUUGAGACAUUAAUGCACGUCUCAAGUUUGCAAAAGACCACCUAGAUGUUCCACAGCACUUCUGGGACAGUGUUCUGUGGAUAGAUGAGACAGAAGUUGAACUUUUUGGCAGAAAUCCACACCACUAUGUUUGGAGGAAAAAGGGUACGGCACAUCAAACACCAAAACCUCAUCCCAUUGGUGAAGUAUAGUGGAAGGAGUAUCAUGGUUUGGAACUGUUUUGCAGACUCGGGGCCUGAACAGCCUGCAGUCAUUGAGGGAACAAUGAAUUCAAAAUUACAUCAAGAUAUUUUACUGGAAAAUGAGCAAGCUUAGAAGUUGGAUGAUGCAACAAGACAAUGAAACGAAACACGAGUAAUCAACUACAGUGUGGUUUAAAAAGAAGAAAAAUUGUGUUUUGGAAUGGCCAAGUCAGUGUCCAGACCUUAACCCAAUUGAGAUGCUGUGGCAUGACCUGAAGAGGGCUGUUCAUGCAAGGUAUCCCAGAAAUACUGAUGAACUGAAACCUUUUCUUAAAAAGAAGAAAUGGUCUAAAAUUCUUUCUCGCUGUUGUGUAAGUCUGAUCAUCAGCUACAGGAAAUGUUUGGUAGAGAUUAUUGCUGCUAAAUUAGGUUCUAUCAGUUAUUAAAUACAAGGGUUCACAUACUUUUUCUAGCCUGGUCUGAAUAAUUAAACAAUAUGUUCAAUAAAGACAUGAAAAGUACAAUUGUUUUUGUGCUAUUAAUUUAGGCAGAUUGUGUUCGUCUAUCAUGCUGACUUGGAUGAAAAUCAGACAAAAUUUUGAGUACUUAAUACAGAAAACCAGGUAACUUAAGGGUUCACAAAUGUUUUAUUGCAACUGGGUUCCGAAUUUUAAACCUUAACCAUCUAGAUCAUCAAAUUGGCACAAGAGAGUUGAGAUGAGGACUGAUAAUUGGAGCUUAGCUUCACGUGACAGUUCUGUUGUUUGAAUCCGAAUCGGGUUUAGUAUCACUGGCAGUACAUUGUAAUGCAUUUUUAUGAAAACUGUAAGAGGGCAGCAUGGUGGCAUAGUGGUUAGCACAACGCUUUACAAUACAGGAGACCAGGGUUCAAAUCUCACCACUGCCUGCAAGGCAUUCUCCCUGUGGCCAUGUGGUUUCCUCUCACAGUCCAAAGACAUACCAUUUGGCAAGUUAAUUGGCCAUUGUAAAUUGCUCCGUGAUUAGGCUAGGGUAAAAUCGGGAUUGCUGGGCUCCCAUUCCAUGGCCCCUAACAGCCUAUUCCAUGCUGUGUCUCAAUAAACAAAUAAGUAAAUAAUAAACAAGUUGUUGUGACACUACUCAACCAGCUGAUCUAUCUCGCUCCAGUAUGCCUCCUUGUCACUAUCUGAAAUUCUGCCAAAAAUAGUCAUCUUGCUAGCAAACUUAUAGAUGGUACUUGAGCUAUAGCUAGCCACACCAUCAUGGAUAUAGAGAGAGUAGCAUUUUGCAAAGAAUUAUAAAAGGUUCUUAUUUUCCAUUAAACUAAGUAUGGAAGUAAAUUUGCCAUUGCCUUGAAAUAUUAGUUUGAAUUACAUAAAUUUAUUUACAAUAUGCCUUUAUUAAAAUGUUCAAAGUGGUUUCACAGGAGUAUUAAACAAAAAUUGCUAUUCAGCCACAUCAUUAAAUUAUAACUGACCCAAGUAACUGAGUCUUGGAGGCACACAGAACUUCUAAUCUGUCCCUUGAUCACUAACCUUUCAGAAGAUAUUAAAAUUGGGCAAGGCCAGUAUUAACCUCAGUUAAUGCCAAUCCUUAGAAAUGAGGAAUUACAACUUGAAAUUAAUAGUUUAUUGCUAUUUGAGUAAUAUUGUAAAUGUAUUGUUUGAUUAAGCAUUCUUUGUUCACAUAACUCACUUUGGGUUAUAUGUACUAAGUACAUGAAUGGCAUACGUCAUUACACUACCAUGUCUUAUGUGCGUGCCUCACUAAAGUAAAAUGAAGUAGACACAUUUAUCCCUGGCUCCC